AUGACCUACAUUUCCAGUCACGUGGUUGCGUACGGGUUUAUAACUUUAAGUGCAAAAAAAUUUAUACAUAAUGUGCUAUUUGAUCAGCAUUCUAUAAAAAUGUAUGAUGCUGAGGGAACUAUUCAAUGGAAUAAACAUAUAGCAGAUCCAAUUAUAGGGAAAGUUAAGGAGUUAAAGUUAAAGCGAUACAAAUUCACCGUGAAUGUGGUAUCUGGUGAACAACAUGGUAAAGGAGUAAAAAUGAGUACAAGGUGUAUUUGGGAUGCGUCAGAUGCAUGUGCGUAUGAUAGUUUCUUAAACGAUGCAAUAUUCUGCGUGACUUCAGUGGAUGCUGUAAAUUUUUAUUAGAAAAUGGAUACAUACCACUGAUUUUGGUAUAUUGUUUAUUUAAAGAACAUUGUGAUACGAAUGAAAGAG